AUGGCUUACCUGAAGCAGACUCUUUCAUCUCUUCCCCAUCGCUUUAGGGGUACACAGUCCCUAUUUUUCAGGCUGGUGAAAUGGGAAGGUUGCCUAGAUGCUGACGAAGAAAAUGUGAAUUUUGCCAGAAGGGAUGAGCUUAACCGGACCCACAGCGAGGAAAAAGAGGAACAAGAUGCUAACAUGACCCUUGAGUUUAAUGUCUCCCACCAGGAUCCAGGAUAUCAAUCAAAGGCUCACAUGCAAGGUGCCCAGAUCAAACUGAUCACGACUUGGGAAGCUGGAUGGAAUGUUACCAAUGCCAUACAGGGAAUUUUUGUUCUAGGAUUGCCAUAUGCUCUUCUCCACAGUGGAUACAGUGGGCUGUUUCUUAUUAUCCUGGCUGCAAUGUUCUGCUGCUAUACUGGCAAAAUUCUAAUCGCUUGCUUGUAUGAAGAAGAUGAAGACGGGCAGCUCAUAAGAGUGAGAGACACAUACGAAGACAUUGCUAAUGCCUGCUGUAAAAAGCGAUUUCCCAAACUAGGUGGCAUAGUUGUCAAUGUGACCCAGGUGAUGGAACUGAUCAUGACGUGCAUUUUGUAUCUGGUUGUUAGUGGGAACUUGCUGUCACAUAGUUUUCCAUAUUUACCAGUAACUGAGAAAACUUGGUCUGUAAUUGUGUUUGUAACACUGCUGCCUUGUGUGUUUAUCAAAACUCUCAGCAUUGUUUCCAAACUGAGCCUGCUUUGCUCCUUAGUCCAUUUCAUUAUCAUCUUCAUAGUGAUGAGUUACUGUCUGACACAAAUACAUCAGUGGUCUUGGACAAGAUUUAGACUCCCCAUUGAGUUUGAGGAUUUCCUGGUCUCAGUGGGGGUGAUCAUUUUCAGUUAUACUUCACAAAUAUUUCUUCCUACUCUUGAAGGGAACAUGAAAAACCCAAAGGAAUUUAGCUGUAUGUUGAACUGGACUCACUUUUUUGCUUGUCUCUUCAAGACAGCCUUUGCACUGACUGCAUUCCUGACUUGGGGCGAAGAGACAAAGGAAGUUAUUACUGACAACCUGCCAUCAUCCCUAAAAACCCUGGUGAAUUUGUGCUUCUUAGCCAAGGCUCUUCUGUCUUACCCAUUGCCCUUUUUUGCAGUCACAGAAAUACUGCAUACUUGCAUAUCUAGCAGCGAUCAUUCUGAUUACAGAACCCCACUGUUUAUUGUAGUUUUAAGAGGCUUGGCCCUCUUGUUUACUCUGCUGAUGGCCAUGUUCAUACCACAUUUUGCUCUGCUGAUGGGUUUAACAGGCAGUGUAACGGGUGCUGCUAUGACUUUUCUUCUUCCUUCUAUUUUCCACUUAAAACUUAAAUGGGGAAAGUUAGUGUUCUUGGAGAAAUGUGCAGCCAUUUCUCUUUUUACUGUGGGUUUCCUUUGCAGCUUAGCAGGUAUAGUCUGCUCAAUAAAAGGGCUGAUUGAAGCAUUUGGAGGAAGGUAG